UUGUGGGGCCCCAGCCUCCAGGGCCACGGAUGCUUGGAGCAGAAUCUUCAGCCUCGUCCUGAGACUAGCAUGAGAUUUGUGAGUUUGGAGAUUCAGAGCUCAGAGGCAGCAGACCUGGACUGAGGGACUUCAUAACAUUUUGCUUUUGUUUCUGGAGGUCUGACAUCAAUUAUGGCCACGGAAGGCAAUGUCCCCUUGCGUCAGAAGCCCAGGAAGAAAACUCAAGGGUUUUUCACCAUGAGUCGGAGAAGGAUAUCCUGUAAAGAUCUGGGGCACGCUGACUGCCAGGGUUGGCUGUACAAGAAAAAGGAAAAGGGAACUUUCCUAAGCAACAAAUGGAAAAAGUUCUGGGUGGUGCUGAAGGGGUCGUCGCUGUACUGGUAUAGCAAUCAAAUGGCAGAGAAAGCGGAUGGCUUUGUCAACCUGUCAGAUUUCACAGUGGAAAGAGCCUCUGAAUGCAAGAAAAAAAAUGCAUUUAAGAUCAAUCACCCACAGAUCAAAACCUUCUACUUUGCAGCAGAGAAUUUGCAGGAGAUGAAUGUGUGGUUAAACAAACUUGGAUUUGCUGUGACCCACCAGGAAUCCACCACAAAGGAUGAAGAAUGUUACAGUGAGAGCGAGCAGGAAGAUCCUGAAAUAGCUGUGGAGGCACCACCCCCUCCGUACGCUUCCGCAACGUCCUCUCCUGUGGUACGUGUUGAUGCUACACGGCGGGCAUCUUCUUCUUCACCUAAACGGAGAGAAACAUCAUGUUCUUUCUCUUCUCUGGAAAAUACAGUAAAGGCACCCAACCGGUUUUCUUCCUCGGGAUCUAAAGAAAGACAGUCCUGGCUUGACAUAGUUAACAGCUCCUCUUCUACUGAAGAUGUGGGGCAUCCCCUGGCAUUUGCUGUACAGGUCCACACACUUGCCUUCUCAGAAGCAAGCAAUUGCCCGGCCCCAGAAAACAGCUCCAUCACAUCAGAAAGUGGCUUUUUGAACUCUCUAUCUAGUGAUGACACUUCUUCAUUGAAUAACAAUCAAGACCAUCUAACAGUCCCAGACAGAGCUGCAGGACCGAGAAUGACGGACAGAGAAGAAAUAAAAUCGUCUGAAGAUGAUGAGAUGGAAAAACUGUACAAAUCAUUGGAGCAGGCCAGCCUAUCUCCUCUUGGGGACCGGCGACCUUCAACCAAGAAGGAGCUGAGGAAGUCUUUUGUGAAGCGAUGCAAAAACCCAUCCAUAAAUGAGAAGCUACACAGGAUCAGAACCUUGAACAGCACAUUAAAGUGCAAAGAACACGAUUUGGCUAUAAUCAACCAGCUGUUGGAUGAUCCAAAGCUGACCGCCAGGAAGUACAGGGAGUGGAAGGUCAUGAACAGCCUACUGAUCCAGGACAUCCAUCAGCAGCAGGACCCUCAGGACCCUGAAGUCACCCCUCAGGAAAUCACGAACCCCACCUCUUCUGACUGUGUGGACAACUCUCUUUGAGCAGAUGUGCGGACCCCACCCCCAUCCCUGUUACUAUCCCAUUUUGCAGGAUGCUCCCAAGGGCGUACGUUCUGCUUACAAGGAAACCUCAAACCUAGUUCCUGAGACAUCAUCCCUCCCUCCCAAGGAGGCAGCCCAGGUGAAGCCAGUUCUGAGGCAGUGGGACUCCUGGCUCCCAGAUGUUGCCUUCCUCAACACUGGAACGGAGUGACAGAGUUCAUCUGACCAGGCAAUUCGUCUGUGCUCCUCCUGGGCGCUGGAAGGAAGACCAGGCUUUAGGUGGGAUGUGAAAUGGGUAAACCACCUCUUUUUGCUUUCCAGAGAAUUACAACCUGCCAUAGACAAAAGGCCCAAUUUUACUAGGGACGAUAAUUCAUGUCAUUAUUUUGUUUUGCAAAAGAAGCAUGUAGGACUCCCUUUGGUGGGCAGCGGAGUUCUGCAAAACGUUGCAAGUGGAGGAAUUUCUUCCUUAUUAGCUACUGAAAGUGGACGCAUGUUGGCAUCUGCGGACACAAGGCUCUUCUUAAUGUUGCGGUUCUAUUUGAUGAGCACUUAUUUGCAGAGUACAGCGUGGUGGGGCGGAGUAGAGCACAAGGAGGAGGCGUGUUUCCUGUUCCACUCAGAGGACAGCUUCAUAAGUUCAUGCUUUGCCUAGCGCAGGGCAUGCAGUUAAUAUGCCCCUUCCUCACAAUGUCUAGGAGACAGACUAUCACAUGACUUUUGGAGAUGCCGUUCCUCCACCCCCAGCUUCUCUGAUGUUAAUACCCACUGUAAGGAAUGUUCUAUUGAGUCCAUCCCUGCCUGUGGUGCCUAGACCCAGCAUGAAUUCAUGUCCAGUUUUCCUGGGAUCCAAAUUCACAAGGUCAUUUCUGAGUAAUUGUUCUGAACUUGGAACAGAACCCAGACCAGCAAGACGACAACAAAACAGUUAAACGGGAUCAUUUUAUUUUUGUAUGUUUGUGUGUCAAAUAGUGUGAGAUGUGAAUGGUGAUCUAUGUUUCUUAUUUAAAUAUAUUUAUAGAAAUGCAAAUUAUAGUGUUCUAAAAGAAAGUGUACUAUUAUGUGUUGUUCAAUAUAUAUAUACAUAUAUAUAUAUUCUAGAGGCAUAUCAUUUUUGCUUGAGAGAAAUAGGUAUAGUAGCAACUUACUGGAAUUGUAUUGCACUAUGAUGUAUGAAGUCUGCUCAGGAAAUCUCAAGAGAAAACCGCAAGAGCAUGGAUUAAUAAUUACUAAUUUUCUAGAUGCUUUCUUUCUAUUACAACCCCACCCUUAGUUCCAGAGAUCUUAAAUUUCAAUGCCUGUUAUGCCUCGUUUUCUUAACUAGCACCUUAGGUUAGCUCUUCUAUCCAUAAAGGUUAAGCUCUAUGAUAGCUGGUUGCCAUGAAUUAUAGACCCAAAGGAACACAUCUCACUAACUCUUGGGUCAAAUAAAAUAGAAGUAAUAUAAUUCCCAACUAAAUAUUCAUAAAACUCAAAGUUUGUCCUUAAGGAGUUCUCAAUGAGAAACUAUAUUAACCACAAUGACAGCUUUUAAAUCAUAACCUUAAUUCACUAAGAACCCAUGUGAGUCUCACCUGCCCUUUUUGUUGACAUAUAUAUUCAUAUCAUGGCAUCAGAUGUGACUCAACAAAUUCAAAUGGAAGUAGCCACCUGAUCUAUAUCUAUAAAGUAAAAUCGAAGAAUUGUUUAAUAUUUCCCUGUACUUUACCAAGACAUUUUUAUAUACUGAAAUGAAAAGCAAUCCUUGCCUUAAGAGAUUAGAGUUAAGAGGAAGCAAAGAGAAGCUGGAAGAUUCACUAGGUUGAGAGACAAAGCCUCAAGAUGGCCCCAGAGAGGACCUGCUGGGUUCUCCAUCUGCAUCCCAUACAGUUCCAGGCGCUAAUGCCUGUCAGGAUUGAGUCCUCCUGUGGCUAGCUGCUGUUCUGUUCGGAAGGCAAUGUUUCGAAGUUCACACUGAAAGGAAGCAUUGGGGGUGGGGGUGGGGGUGGGGGAUGAAUUAGCAUUGGAACAACCUUACCCUGAGAAAAAAAAUGAAAAAAAUAUUCACCCAUGUCUUUUAUUAGCAACACCAAUUUACAGACUUCCAUCUUCCCCCAAGUCAAAGCCCCAACCACUUUUUAUGAGGGCUGAUGGCUGUGUGUUUAAAUGUUUUACUUUGGCUUUUCAUUCAUACAUGUUUAACUGACCUUUGAAUGUCAACUCCUUUAGUAACAUUCAGAUCUAAAGGCAAAACUGGUUUCUGAGAUUGCUUGACCAAGCCUUAGGUUCCCCCACCCCCACCCCCACCCCAGGGAACUUCAAGAAAGCCAGAGUGGAAGUUUCUGCUUUGGUGGAUCCAGCCUGCCGAUGUUCCCAAGUCAGUCUCAGCCAGGUUCUGACCUCCUAGACAUGAACCAACCACUCCCUGUUCCCCAAUUCUGUAAAUAAAUACUUUCUCACUCUGUGCUAGGUUUAGUUAAGGAGUAAGGGGUGCUUCUGGGGGUAUCCAGCCUCAGAGCUCUGAUCAUAAGAAGACAGACAGGAGUAAGCAGAAGAGUGGGUGACACUUCUGGAGAUCCCCCAGUGAAGAGAAACCAUGAGGAACUUUCCCUUGGUCUCAAGUCUCUGCCCUGGUUCAAGAGAUUUGGGAACUAUAGAUAUCAUCUAGUUAAUGGCUGGGAAAUGGGAAGUGGGAGCCCAGGCGAGACUCUUGACUGUGUCUCUGGAAUAUACCAAAGCAUCCAUCUUAGGACACCAGGGGUGGAUCUUUGAGCAUUAGUCUUUCAGAACCUAUGGCACAGGUUAAGGAAGAGGUUUCUCUGGGGACUUUUGGGGGUUGGGGAAGCUGGGAGGAGGACUUUUUCCAUUAUUUGGAGGAUGUCUGUCAUUUGUAAGAGUUCUUAGUUUUCCCCAUUGCUUUAAUCUGAAGUUAGAUUCAGAGUCCCAGAAAGAUGCUGGAGCAAACAGUUCCUAGGAAGGCAGUCUGACUCCAAACCUGAUGUAGGAUGUAGGAGGUGACUGCCUUCCUAGGAUUCCAACAGGCCAAGAAAGAGAUCGGGUUUGGAGUCAGACUUUUGGUGCAAAUCCAUGCCUUAUAUUAGAAUAGCUCUGUGAAGUCUGCAAACUAUGUGUUCCAGACCCACUUCCCUGCAUCCUUCAACCCCAUAGGCUAAUCGGGAUGAUUGUGAACUAUGGGUAUAAGGAAACGCCUGGCUCAAAGCACCACGUGGUACAGCCAGAAUCCGAGUUUGAAUUUCAGGUCAGUCAGCCCUCUCUGCGGAGGAGGAAUGAGUGUCUUGGCUUAGCCUGAUGGGGAGCAAACGGUCUGACUUGGCUCCUGUGCCCAUCACACUGGGUUCCGCACACCCGGCUGCAAUGGCUUCCGCUGUAUCCCCAGGGGCACUGCUGUGAGUGAAUAGUCUCUCCCUGAAGGUCACUGAAGUGGCAGUGCCACUGGCUUUUCUGAGAACUGGUGCUUGACCUGAUUGUUGUUUCUUUUAUUCCUUUCUAUGAAAGACACUAUGUUACCACUGUGAGGACUUUAAAGGAUAGAUGUCUUUAAGGAAAAUGCUUAUUUUUUUCUAAUUUUUCCUUUUGAGAUGCGACCUGUCGUGUCAGGUAUCAGAGACUUAGGGAUUAGAAAUGAGUCAUGGGAUUGUGAAGAGGCUCAUUUCCUCAGGGAGGCUUUGCACCCCAUCGUCACGGAGAGGGAACAAAGAAAAAGAAAAAUAGUUUUCAGUCUUUUGAGGAGAGGUUCUCUACUGAUGAAAGCCAUAUUUAAUUUUACCGACACAGGCUUCUUUGUAAAGAGAGAAAGACAAUAUUUUGAUACAGCGAUGCAAAUGAUCUAGGUACAGAGGCUGACUGUUCAAAUGUCACAUUAUGUUGAAGCGGUACUGUGCCCAAAUGCAGUUUUAGAAUGUAGUUCUGCUUCUGGCUAACAGAAUAGGAUAUGUAAAGAUUUCUAGUCUCGUUCCAAUCAAACACUUCUGUAUACUCAACCACAAGAGAAACUCAAUCCCGGAUGUAGGAGGUGACUGCCUGCCAAAGGUUUUAUCACCCAUAAUAGUAAAAGCCCCUCGUGUUAGAUUUUUCUCUAAUCUCUGUGAAAUGGAUGGGUUAGAGGGGGAUGUUCCGUUCAUGGCACGGGGAAAACGGGCCCUGCAUUUAAAAAGAAACGUUUCCAUUUCCCUUGUUGUAAAGAAACGUAGUUGCUCUGUAUUGAUGUCUCUUUAGCUUUAGUCCAAAGGGAAGCAUGCCCCGUGGAGACAUUUAACAUCCUGUAAUAAAAACCAUGGUUUAAGUCACCAUAUGUUCUGCUCUUGCAUGGUGGGGUUGGGGUUCCACAUGCAUGGUAUGGGGCAAGGUGUUAAUGUGAGGCUGAUACCUUAUCUGUCAUUGUACUUUUGGUCAUUGUCAUCUCUCUGUUUUUGAUGAAACUGAAAACACGAGGAGGCAUGCCUCAUCUCUCCUGUUCCCCGUUCCCCAGGGUGACUUGUAAGAUAAAGAUAAAAAGCAAACUGUCUAGUAAAAUGGAAUGAAAAACAAAGUCGAAAUACACUCCUUGUGUUCA